AUGUCUACUCGAGGGACACGUCUCAAGGAUGAAGGGACGAGACUUCAGGUUGUUUCUGCUGGUGCCAUUGCCGGCCUUGUAUCUCGAUUCAUCGUCGCACCGCUAGACGUUGUCAAAAUCCGGCUUCAACUCCAGCCAUAUUCCCUCUCCGACCCUCUCGCUCCUCUUCGCACAGCGCCCGCAUACCACGGCACCAUUGCAACACUAAAACACAUCCUCCGACACGAGGGCGUCACCGCGCUCUGGAAGGGCAACGUCCCCGCCGAGCUAUUAUACGUCUGCUAUGCCUCCAUACAAUUUACCACAUAUCGCACUACGACGCUGUUCUUACAAACAGCGCUACCGACGAGGCUACCCGACGCGGCGGAGAGUUUCAUCGCGGGCGCCUCGUCAGGAGCGCUAGCUACGUCGGUCACAUAUCCUCUCGACUUGCUGCGGACGAGGUUCGCCGCCCAGGGACGUCACAGGAUAUACAGUUCCCUGAAAGGCGCCAUCUGGGAUAUUAAACGGGAUGAAGGGUACCGCGGCUUCUUUCGGGGAAUUGGCCCCGCCCUGGGCCAGAUUGUGCCAUUUAUGGGCAUAUUCUUCGUCACAUACGAGGGACUGCGACUGCAGCUAUCUGGCUUCAAUAUGCCGUGGGGUGGUGAAGAUGCGACUGCAGGUGUAGUGGGCAGUGUUAUUGCCAAGACGGCCGUGUUUCCGCUGGAUCUUGUUCGGAAACGAAUACAAGUACAAGGGCCGAUGAGGGCCCGAUACGUCUACAACGAUAUACCCGAGUAUUCGGGUGCCUUGCGAGCCAUAUCCACCAUUGCGAGGACAGAAGGAAUCCGUGGAUUAUACAAGGGUCUCCCUAUCAGUCUGAUAAAGUCUGCGCCAGCUAGUGCCGUCACAGUGUGGACAUAUGAGCGGAGUCUCAAGAUGAUCAUGGGUCUAAACUCGAGUCGAGAGGCUCAAUUGUAA